AUGUCCCCCCUAAACCCUCAAACCCGGAACCCUCAAGGAUUUACUGACGUCACCUGGUUGGAUGACAAGGACUCGGUGGAUUUUUAUGACAACCCCCCUCUGCCUGAUGAUGUGGUGAAAGAGGACAACGCGAUAUAUUUCAUCUAUGACGAAGAGGUAGAGGACCAAGACAAAGACGAACCACCUCCUCCACAACCAGUCAAACCGGUCAAUGACAGAUCUCACAAAAAUACCAAAAUAUUGAACUGCACAAUCACCUGCACUCGUGUUUUCUCUGUUGCAUUAUUGAUGGAUGACGUUCGACUGGCAGCACAGUUGAACCGCACUGACCCUGUGUUGGAGACGCUGUGUAUCAGUGUGGUCAUGCCCAACAAGGAGCGUAAAAAAGGUUCAGAGGACAAGAACGAUGUGAGCAUGAAUGAUGAUGAUGAGUCCCAGCCCAAACAGGCGGAUGAAGGAGGUGAAGGAGCAAACUCAGAAGGGGACAAAAGAGAAGACAAGUUUCCUGCUGAUGACAGUAGUAAAAAGCUUCAGCCGGGGAAGAUCGGCGCGUUCAGUCAGUGUCACUACUAUCUGUCUCUGUACCGCUUCAAAGAAGAGAAGGACGAUCUGGAUGUUCAUGCUGUUGACCGCAUCACAGUGAUGGAUGACUCCAAUGAGGAAUGGUGGAGAGGGAAGAUCGGAGCGAGAACAGGCUUCAUAUCUGCCAACUACAUCAUCCGAGUGCGAGCAGGAGAAAGGGUCUAGAAGGUGACGCGCUCCUUCGUUGGCAACAAAGAGAUGGGCCAAAUCACUCUGAAGAAAGACCAGAUUGUAGUGAAGAAGGGUGAGGAGGUCGACGGCUACCUGAAGGUCAGCACGGGACAGCUCGGCUUCUUCUCCGCCAACCUGCAGCAGGAGAUCUGA